AUGGCCACUAAUCAGCAGCAAAUCACCCUCAAUGUCUAUGUGAACAAGAUGAAGAACUGCGUUGCUUUUGUCGAAUCGGACUUGGAUUUCGUAGAUGUUCUCUUCAGCUUUCUCACGCUGCCUGUCGGCACCAUUGUCCGUCUUCUGAAAAAACAGUCGUCGUUGGGUUGCUUCGAUAAGCUUUACCAAGGCGUUGAUAACAAAUACCUUGCGACCGCAGCGUGCAGAUUGAUGUUGACGAAGCCGGUGAACUCAUCUCGAGUUAAAUGCCAGAAGCUAAAGAUUAAUAUCGAUGAAAUUGGAAAGUUAUUCACAUGCGCAUCCAAAAUUUGCUCAUAUCGUGCGCUCAGCUAUUAUUCAAGCCUCGAACAUUGUCGUUGUGGUCAUCACAUGGACAGGAAAAUUAGCUACGAUCUGAAUCGAGAUUAUGUUAAUUACGAAGAGUGUCGUGGCGUAUUCAUCAAGGGGAAUAAAUUUCUUGUUACUGAUUCGCUUUUGGUAGAAUCUCUUGAGCACGCCAAGUCGUCUUUUGUCGGUCCCUAUGGUGUCUGGAACGGCCUCGAAGAGAGAUCGAUAACAAUCGAACAAGCACAGGUUUUGCAAAUUCUUAAAAGAUCUCUCAUUUCCGACACUCCACUGACUGAUGUUUUAUUGCGCAAUGAGGAAGAUAUCCCCCCUAGGCUUUCAGUUCCUCCUCCUGUGGUAAAAACAGUCGCAAUCAAGGCGUCUGACAAGGAGAAUAAGAUCUACAAAAUCAAGUUGGCCCUUGUGGGGAACAGGGUGAUGUAUGCUGAAGCUGGCCAGGACUUUGUCGAUGUUAUUUUAAGUUUCCUCACGUUUCCGUUGGGUGCUUUGAAGAAGCAUUUGGGUAGUCGAUUCAAGAUUGCAUGCCUCAAUAACUUGUACGGCAGUGCUGAGCGUUUGGCUUCCUCAGGUUUCGUGGUUGAAGGCUGCGAAGAGAACCUGCUUAAUCCCAAGCUCGCACCGUAUUUCAACUGCAAGCAUCAAGUCAUUGGAGUAGAAGUGGAUAAGGAACCACUCUACUUCGCAUGUGACUACCGCUGCAGACUAAGCGCAAAGAGGUACAACUGCUACUCACCUGGCCAUUCGGGUAUUAAGGCAAAACGGGCACUGCUUAUAGAUCCCAAAACAUCAACCGAGGGAUUAAAUUUUUCUGAGGGAAGCUUCUGCAAACAAAUAACGUACAUGGUUAGCGACGAACUGGUAGUCACCCCGUUCUCCUUCACACCAGUCUUUUCACUUCACAGGAAUAUCUCUGAACCAGUCAAGAUGGUAGAGUUGGGCAUAGAUAAAGAAGAGGUUCUUGAUUUGCUUGAUGCUGCUUUGUCUUCGAGCACAGCGCUGACAGAUGCAUUUUUUGAUAGAGCUAAUGCUGCGCUCGGUUAA